AUGGUGUUUCACAGAGGACGGAAAAGAAAUUUCAUCCGUAUUUCUAAUGACACUGAUCCCGAAAAAGUUCUACGCCUUUUAAGAGAUCAAUGGAAGUUAGAAUUACCCAAGCUGCUCAUCUCUGUCACCGGUGGAGCUAAAAACUUUGUCCUACAUCCCAAGUUGAAGCACGUGUUACGACAGGGGCUGCUAAAGGCUGCCCAGACAACAGGCGCGUGGAUUAUCACAGGCGGGACAAACACUGGCGUGAUGCGUCACGUGGGUGAAGCUGUUAAGGGUCACACCGUCAUGUCACGCGGGGCACAGCCGCUGAAGGAUAAAGAAUCGCAGCUGCAUUUGAUUGGCAUCGCUACCUGGGGGAUAGUGGACCACAGGACAGACUUAAUCGACAGCAAGGGAGUUGUCACGUACCACAUGACCUCCAGUCUACUGUCACAGGGAGCGUGCCUCGAUAACAAUCAUUCACAUUUCAUCCUGGUGGAUGAUGGAACGGCUGGAAAAUAUGGCGGAGAAAUCCCAUUUCGUGCAAGUCUGCAAAACUGCAUCACAACAAAGAAGAUUGCUAGAAGCAAAUCUCAUGGUAUCCCAGUGGUUCUACUUGUUCUUGAGGGAGGCCCAAACACAAUCCUGACGGUGUUGGAAUCUGUAACGAGUACCCCAGCUGUGCCUGUCGUCAUUGCCGAGGGCAGCGGAAGGGCUGCCGAUAUCUUAGCGCAUGCUCAUGGCCUUGUCACAUCAAAUGAUGGAACCGACAUGGAAGACAUGUCCGAGGUUGUUGAACACAGACAGCUUCUUAUGAGAAUUCAAAAAGCCUUCCCAGAAUGCAACGAGACGAAAUGUUAUGCAAUUUACCAUGACGUGCUUAAAUGUGUGGGGAACAAGAGAUAUAUAACAAUAUUCCGAAUGGACGAGGAUGGUAUCGAGAUCGACAGAGCGAUACUGAGAGCUCUAUUGAAAGCACAGCACGCAUCCGCCGCAGACCAGUUGAGUUUGGCCCUGAUAUGGAACCGAGCCGAUAUUGCCCGAACAGAAAUCUUCACAGAAGAUCAAAAGUGGGAGAUGGAUGCUUUGGAGGAUGCGAUGAUGGAUGCUCUAGUUAACAAUCGAGUGGAGUUUGUUAAUCUGCUGUUGGAGAAUGGUGUCAGUAUGAACAAAUUUCUGACGUCAACUCGACUAGAGGAACUAUACAAAGCGAGGAGGAAGUCUUCUUCAAGUGCUGUAUUCAGACAAUUGAUCGGCAUGGAAAAGGUAGAUUCCUGUCGGAUUACCCUUUCCGAUGUAAACCAUGUCAUUCGGCGAUUGCUAGGAAGCACAUACAAAGGACACGGAGAGAACUUUAACACGAUCACAAGGGCUUUUGAUAUGGCUAACUCGACCAUGUUUGUGGAUGGACACCGAGACCACAUGGCGAACGCAGUUCACGUGAUCAACCCAUACAACGAGUUGCUGAUGUGGUCAGUGCUGUGCAAUAUGCAGAAAAUGGCGCUCUUUAUGUGGGAGCGAGGGGACGAGAAUCUGGCGCGGGCACUAGUGGCGGGAAAAUUAUACUACGUCAUGGCUAAGUUGACUGAGCGUGACGAGGCGAAGACGGAUAUCACUGACGAGCUUUACGCGCAUGUCGAAGAGUUUAAACGACUGGCUUUGGGGGUGUUAGAUCAAUGCUUUCAAACAAACGAAGAGCUCACUCAGCAGCUGCUGACUUAUCACUUGGAGAACUGGGGAGAACAAACAUGUCUGGCACUUGCUGUCGCCAUUGAAUACGAGGAAUUUCUAGCUCAUGCUAGUUGCCAGGCUCUUCUCACCGAUAUAUGGACGGGAGCAAUGAAGAAUGCGCACAGGUCUUCUAUUAAGACCAUGCUCGGUCUCCUUAUACCACCAACGAUAUUUUUGCUGGAAUUCAAAACAAAACAAGAACUCUUGUCGAUGCCAGUAACAUUUGAGGAACACGAGCAGGAGCUAGCCACCGAGGAAGUGGAAACGGAGGAGGAGGAUGACGAAGAGGAAGCUGAACACGUACAGGAAAACCGCACCUUCGACGGGUCCUGCCGAGCCAUGACAGGACAGAAUGGGGAUAUAGAGCUAAGAACGCUCUCUGUAUCACGUGAACUGCACAGAAUUCCUACCUACCAGGUGUGGACACAGCAAACUCGUGUCGUGAAACUAAAAUGGGGAAGAAAGAUCUUAGAGUUUUACAAGGCGCCUGUCACUAAAUUCUGGUCUAACGUGUUUGCCUACCUGGCGUUCUUGGUCUUGUUCAGUUACGUCAUUCUUGUGCGUCAAGAGAACAUUCCCUCAAUCAGUGAAGUCGUACUCAUCAUCUUUGUUUGUACAUUAUUUACUGAGGAAAUUAGACAGAUUCUGCACUCUGAACCACCAACGCUGGGAAACAAAUUCAAAGACUGGGCAUCCAGUAAAUGGAAUCUUCUUGACGGUUUCGCUGUCGUAUCAUUUUUUGUUGGUCUCGCACUCAGGCUUCACCCAACCACGCGUAGUGCUGGUCACGUGGUCUAUUGCCUCGACGUGAUGCUGUGGAUUAUUCGCUUGUUGGACAUAUUUUCUGUCAGCAAACAUUUGGGGCCGUACGUGGUGAUGAUUGGACGAAUGACUGUAGAUAUGCUGUAUUUUCUUCUGAUCAUGGUCAUAUUCCUGUUGGCUUAUGGAGUAGCUCAGCAAGCUAUCCUGUAUCCUAACGAGACUGCUUCCUGGUCCAUGUUGUCCCGGAUCUUCUUCAGACCUUAUUUCCAAGUUUAUGGAGAGCUGUUCGUGGAUCCACCAGAUACACUUAGCAAGACAAGCACUGCUUUUGAUACUCCACGAAAUGACGAGCAUGGAGACACUAUCGUGCUGUUUAUCAUGGCGUUUUAUCUGCUGGUCGCCAAUAUUCUGCUUCUAAAUCUCCUCAUAGCCAUUUUCAACAACACGUUUUCCAGUGUGCAGGCCAACGCAAAUCAGAUAUGGAAGUUUCAACGAUAUUAUUUGGUGAUGGAGUACGCACAGAGACCGGUCUUAAUACCACCUUUUAUCAUCCUUAAUCACGUGAUCCACGCGAUAAAGGGCUUAUAUCGUUGGCUAAAACGCUGUCGAGGUCGAGGACACAGAAACCAAGAAAGUUCUAGUUUUGGACUAAAGCUUUUCCUAGAAACGAACGAUCUUCAGAAGAUUAUGAUGUUUGAAGAGCGAUGUGUAGAUUCCUACUUGAGAGAGAAAGACACAUUACUUCACGCUUCUCAAGAGGAGAAAAUCAGAGUGAUGGGAGACAGGAUGGAAUCAGUUUCCUGUCAACUCCACGAUAUGUACAAAGAGACCGUCAGCCAAUCCAACUCGGGCAAGAAGUCGAUUUCCUCUCUGGAUAUCCGACUUACUAGACUGGAAGAACACAUGCACAAAAUUGUUGACAUACUGCACGAGUUGGCGGCGCCAGAACCAAAAACAACGCCGAGUGAUGUAGAGCCCGCGAGGUCUGGAAGAACUGUAUCUUUAUCAGACGUUGAACUUACAGGUUCUGGUAGACACAGGCCCCUUUCUCAAAGGUUGUCUUACGAAGGGGCUCUGACGAGUAGAAAGAAUGUGGGCCACAAAGAACUUCCAGAGGAAUUCCGGUUCACGAGACGGCGUCUGUCAACUGCUGCCGCACGUGCCAAGAAGAACGCUCGUGCACGUGAGAAGAUCAUGCACGAGCUCGCAAGGCAGUCACCGUAUCCCAAGAGCAAUCAACAGAGAUACCCUGUACCAGACUUCCUUGUUGAUUGGGAGGAGUCGUUCCCAGGCUACGAUCCACCUCUGUAUACCGCGCAAGAAGUUCGAGCUUCACCACCUGGGGCAGACCCUGACAUACUUGAGUGGGUGAAAACGUUCUGCUNUCUAUCAGACUGGGGU